AUGGCCUUCGUGAAGCUACUUGUGACCAUCGCAAUAACAACCGCAAUCACAAUCGCAGUAAUCACCACAAGAACUAACACCACCGUGGAACACACGAGCUUUGAUGCACCGGGUACGCUGACUAUAAAGCCGAGCAGGUUCUUGACUCAGAAGGAAGUAGGCGAGCGAAACCCUAACGCGGCGGACCAUUGCAACAAGGAUCCUGAGAUAUGUAGCUUCUAUGGAGGCGGAGGAAGCAACUCGACCGUGACAUGUUGCAAUAACAAAUGCAUAGACGUGGCCAGUGACGACAAGAACUGUGGCGCGUGUAAGAACAAGUGCAAGUUCUCACAGACGUGUUGCCGAGGCCAAUGCGUUUACUUGAGUUACGACAAACGCCAUUGUGGACAAUGUAACCAUCCGUGUGAGUUUGGCGAGCUCUGCGUCUACGGUCUCUGUAACUACGCAUGA